CUUCAGGAGAGCAAUGAGCAACUUCAUGGUGACAACGUUCCAGGCGUCGGACCUGCAGCGCUUGCAGAGCCAACGGGCUGGCGAAACGCGACUGGGCCAGGCCCUUCGGUUCAUUCACCCUGAACUUCCUCUCCCCCAAGGUCUUCAUGAGGCCAAAGCCCAGGGUGUGAAGUACGUCAUCGUUGGCGUUCCUGAAGAUGUGGGGCCACGCGCAAAUUUUGGCAACGGUGGGGCCGCCCUUGGCUUUCAAUCGUUCUUGGGGCGCUUCUUGAAUGUUCAAGCGAAUCGGUUCGUGAAGGGGUCUGAGAUCUUGUUGCUCGGCGAAGUCAACUUGGCGGACAUACAAAACAAGGCAGCGUCCUUGAGCGCAAGCGAUGAAGCGCAGCUCGCGGAGCUUCGCGCGUACGUCCAAAUGAUCGACGAAAGAGUGAGUGCUGUCCUAAAGCAAGUGUUUGACGCAAACCUCAUUCCUAUCGUCAUCGGUGGAGGGCACAACAACGCCUACCCCAUCCUUCAAGCGCUGUCUCAAAGUCGCGGCAGUGGUGUGGACUGCAUCAACCUGGACCCGCACUGCGAUUUCCGCCUUCGGGAAGGCCGCCACAGUGGAAACGGGUUCAGCUACGCCCACGAGGCCAAAUACUUGAGCACGUACUUUGUUCUGGGGCUCCACGAGGUCAAGAACGCCCAGAGUGCGUUGGACCAAAUGGCUCAGGCUGGCGCCGGGUUCACUUCCUACCAAGACAUUUUCAUCCGCCGACAAACUACUUUCACGCAAGCUGUAGACAAGGCAAUCACAUUCAUCGGCGGUGCCGAAGCUUCCAAGCCAGUGGGUCUCGAAGUAGACACGGACAGCAUCAGCGGCAUGCCAGUGAGCGCCAUGACCAACUGCGGUAUCUCAGUCUCGGACGCCGAGCAUUACGUGUACAAGGUGGCCUCCGAGCUCAAGAACCGAGUGGCGUAUCUGCAUUUGGCAGAGGCGGCCCCUGGACAGCAUCCUGCAGGUGUCGGUGCGGGAAAGAGCGAGGCGGGCCAAAUCCUCACGGCGCUCGUGUUGGCGUUUGUGCAGAACAACUAACGAGGCAAAAUCAUGGUUCUUUUUCUAAAA